AUGAAGGCCAUGUUCCAGAUGAGUGAUCUCGGUUUGUUGCACUACUACCUCGGCAUGGAGGUGUCCCAGACUGAGAACGGCAUCACCAUCAGCCAAGGUGCCUACGCCACGAAGAUCUUGGAGGCUGCUGACAUGGCAGGGUGCAAUCCCAGCCAGAUUCCCAUGGAACCUCGCCUCAAGUUGAGCAAAACAAGUUCUGCACCAGCUGUUGAUGCCACCGAAUUAAGGAGGAUCAUAGGGUCACUCAGAUACUUGGUAAAUUCAUGGCCGGACUUGGCUUUUUCUGUAGGCUACGUGAGCAGGUUUAUGUCUGCUGCCACAGCAGAGCAUCAGGCGGCCAUGAAGAGAGUGUUGCGCUAUGUCGCAGGCACUAUAAACUACGGGUGCUGCUACAAGAGGAGGACCGGAGACGUAGAGCUCGUGGGGUACAGCAACAGUGAUCUUGCGGGCGACAUCGACACGCGCAAGAGCACUACAGGAGUCUUCUUCUUCCUCGGCGACAACGUCAUCACCUGGCAGUCCCAAAAACAGAAGCAUAUCGAUACUCGCUAUCACUACAUCAGAGAGUGCAUUGAGGAGGGCAAGGUGAAGGUCAAGUACAUUGGCACAAAUGAGCAGCUUGCAGACAUUCUGACGAAGCCACUUGGGUGCGUGAAGUUCACGGAGCUGCGGUCCAGGAUUGGCGUCGUCAACAUCAAGUAA